AUGGGGCGCAGGAUUCGUUCUGAUUGGGAUAUCAGUGGCAACUCUCCGUUGCGAACCACCUCAGCCGGCACCGAGCCGCGAACUUUGGAAACUCACUACGCCGAGUCCGAAAUACAAAACCUCCAUCCAUCAAAUCAUCUCUUUUUUGGCUCACUUCGACACAACUCUCACUAUUUUCCUAUUGAAGAGCUCCCAAAUGCCCCAACUCGGGCAAUUCAUCGCCCAACUCGCUUCAAUUAUCUCAAAUAUGCGAAAGCGUCGGAAAUCUCAAGAAAUCGACUUCAAGAUGGCCCUCACCUCUCACUCAAACAUCUCUCAUUUGCGUUGGAUCUUCGCUCGAAAUUAGACAAAUUCUGUCUACGCUCAUCCAAACUUCUCCCCACUCUCCAUGACAUCACUUUGGAUCUUCGUGGUGGUGAGGCGAUGGCGAUCAUGUAUACAAAUGAGCACGAGGUGAGAACCUUACUGAAACUGUUCACAUCAAAGCAUCAAGAAAAGGGCCGAUUCCGAGGAGAGAUCUCACUAAAUGGACACCCAUUCACGUUGAAACAAUUGGCAAGGAGGAGUGCCCAUGUCUCCCUCGAUGAGCCGACUUUCGAAUUGACCGUCAAGCAAUACCUCAAAUUCACGAGCUCUCUCAAAAAACCAGCCACCAGCGCGUUUAAAGUCGACAAUAUGAUUGAUCAAUUAAUCCAAACACUUGCCUUGUCUCCAUACAAGAAUGAAUUAAUCCGUGGAUUGACAGAAGCUGAGAGACAACGAGUAAAAGUGGCGGCCGCUGUUUUGAAAGAUACAGACAUUUUAUUCGUUGACAACAUCACGAAAGAGCUCGAGAUCUAUGAUGUCGCGUUUAUCGUCGAUUAUUUGAGAGAUUGGGCGACGAAGUUGAAUCGAAUCGUGCUCAUGGCAAUCUCUCCACCGAGCAUCGAGAUUCUCACGAUGUUUCAGAAAGCCUCAAUUCUCGCAUCUGGGCGUUUCUUAUAUGCGGAUUCGUCAAAUCGCUUGAUUCCCUAUUUCGAGAGACACAAUUUCCCCUGUCCAACCCUCAAGAAUCCCUGUGAUUACUAUGUUGACUUAGUGACUCAUGAUCAUCUCUCAGCCGAAUCAUCGAAAGAAUCGACGGCGAGGAUCCGAUUUUUGAGUGAUUUGUGGAAACGAGAGCGAGCCGAGUCGAUGCAAACUACGGUGAAAAACGUUUCCCCGCCGAUGAACGACGCGAACUUUCUGCAAACAAUGCUCAUCCUUUACAAACGAAAUCACUGGAUUUUCCUGAACUCUCCAUUCCUCUAUUUGCGUGAGCCGCUCUCCGCUUUAUUCAUCUCAACAAUUUUUGGGCUAAUCUUUUACGAUUUAAAAAGUGAUAAACGGGGUGGGAUCGAGGAUCGUUUUGGUUUCGUUGGCUCGAUGCUGUGCUUUAUGACGCUGUUCAUUGGGUGGAUCAAUAUAUCAACGGUGCACAAAGAGCGCGAUUUCACAUCGGAAGACCUUCACAAUCGUCUUUUCAGCGCUCAAAUCAAUGUUUUCAUUAAAUUUCUUUUCGACAUUCCUCUCGCCAUGGUCACUGGUUUCUCAUCAUCGUUUCCGGCUCUACUAUUGAGUGGAACUCUCGAUCCUCUAAUCCUUCUGGACCUCGAAUCAACGCUUCAUCAAUUGAUCCUUCCAAUCCUUCUCACUGUACAUCUCGAAUUUUGGCGUCUUCUCGCAUGGAAUCUCGCGUAUUUGAUGGAGAAAAGACUUCCAGCAUCAAUCUUAUUUGGUUUCCUCUUGCUAGCCUCCGUUCUCUCAUCAGGCCUUCUUAUUCGAUCGGAAGAUCAAGGGAAACUCUUCAAAACCCUCCGCUCAUUCACUCCAACUUUUUUGAUUGCAAAUCCUUUCCUCGAGAUUCUCUUCUUUCAAAAUAGUCAACUUCAUAUUUGGUUUGGCAAAAAUAUGCAAGGGAAUCUCUCGAAAGAGCUCAUUUUCGACUGCGACAAGCAUAACAUUCUUGCAGCAAAGAUCAAAGAGAUCCCGAUCUACACUGUUUCAAAUUGUGCUCGAAUUCGCGGAACUCAUGCUUUAUAUUCAGCCGGCUUUAUUCCAUUUUCGGUACAAGACGUAUCAACCCUACAAUUGGAAACGAAAAACAUCGAGAGCUCACUUUUCAGUCAUGAUCCCAACAAACCCUCAAACAUUGAACUCUCCUUUGUCAUCGCCUGUUUCCUAUUUCUCUUUCAAUUUUUGUGCCUACUUUUUACGUCAAGCCUAAAACACCAUGCUCGUCCAAAGAAAUUAUUUAAAAGUAGA